GAUCUCAUUGUAGGAAUCUCAUACAAGAAUUAAUGUAAAAAUUAUUAGCCCUUAUUAUAAUGUGUAUGUAUCAUCAAAAGCCUACCUAAAUUUACAUAUUCCGUUCUAUUCCUACUAAAUAUUUCAUUUGCAGUUGAAGGAAUUGCAAUAUCACUAACUUAAUAUUUAGUAUAUUAUAUCAUACAUAAUUAAAUGUUAAAAAAAUAGAAAUUUCACAUGGUAGCAUUCAGUUUUCAUGAAAUGUCAGUGGUAGCACUUUUUUAAAAAAAUUCCUCAUGGUAGCUACAACUCUUGCAUUUAAGUUUUCCGUAGCCUUAAACGUACCAAAACGUUUCUUGACCGUUAAACCCAUAAAAUUUUGAAAUUACACUGCCUUCUUUCUUCUUCCAUUUCACAUUCGAAGUUCAUUCCUCCUUCCUCCUUCGAAGUUCACUGCAAUUUCACCCGACAUCAUUGUUCUUCGAUGUCACCGGCCAUCUUACUUCUUCGAUGUCACCGGCCAUCUCUUCGAACACAGCUGCGAUUUCACAGGUAAUUUUCUUUCUUCUUCCUUUUCUGUGUUUGUUGCAAAUGAAUACAUGUGGAAAUUAAGGUUUUGACAAUUGCCUUCGAAUUGCUUGAAUUCUCGUUAUUCAUGAAUUAAAAGCUUGCAAUUAAUGGGUCAUCGUCUUCUUCAUUGUUUUCUUCUGCUUUUGACAAUUAAAAGCUAUUCAUGAAUUAAAAGCUUGCAAUUAGGGCAUUGAUUUUGCUAUUUUUGAUGCUGUAAGUAGUUAGAGUUCAAUUAUGGCUUAUUGGUGUGCUUUAAGCUUGCAAUGAAUACACUGCCUUUUGGUUUUUGAUGCUGUAAGCUUGCAAUUCCUUCAUUCAUAACAAAUAUCAAUUGAGGAAGGUACUUAGAAUUCAAAAAAGCACAGUAUGUUGUUGAAUAUUUUGAAAUGUAAUGAAUUUUUUGAUUUGGAUGUCGUACUAUGUUGCUACUGAUGAUAGAAACACGAUGUAUACGCUUGCUUUAUUUGAUCACAAUAUACUUAUGAGUUGGGGUUUUUGAACUUGAGGAUUGAAUUCAAUAAUGAAUUAGGGCUUUUUGAAUUGUUGAUUGAAUUCCCACAUGAUUGGAAUUAGGGCUUUUUUUUGUCUUUCUUCCCUAUUUUCUUACAAUUCCCAUUUUAAAAUUGCAGAAUGCCUAAACAUGUGGUCCUACGUUUUAAAUGGUUGUGUGUUGAAGUAGACUUGGAUGUAGAUGAAGAUAAAGUAACUUUGAUAGAUUUGGUAACAGAUUGGGAAGAUGAGUGCAUUAAAACUAACAAGCUUAUACCUAAAAAUCCCUCAUUUGCGUAUGUUUGGAAGAUGAAUCAUGUUGUGAUCAAGACCUAAUAACCAUGUUUGAGAGGUUCAAUGACGAUGAAAUGAUUUUUAUUUUGGUUGGUGCACUUGAAGAAGAAAGUAGUCUCAUGAAAUCGGUUAGGAGUCUUAGGGAUUUACAAGCGUCACAAAAUCCUGUACCACUUAAAAUCAUUCCCGCAAAAGAGAAAUUGCCAAUUAGGAGAAGGGAUUUGCAAGAGUUUGAGAUAACUUACCCUUUGAAUGACUACGAUGAGGUUCAACAUGACAUUGCUGUGAUGAAUGCUACACAGGAUAAGUGGCAUGACAUGGAAGUAGAGUCAUCAUUGAAAAAUUUUGAAAAUACUCCCAUUAAUGAUUCACCAUUGCAAAGAAGUGAAACCCCUAGCCAAAUACCUUUGACUAUUUCUUCUAAGUCCUCAAAAGCUUCUACUAAAAAAAUUUCACCGACCACUACUGUUAGGAAGGGCCUUUUGGUGAAAGCAAGCUCACAGUCUUCACAACUUUCACAACCUUCACAUCCUUCUCAACCUUCUAUUAGUGUGGAAACAAAGCGUAAGAAGAGGAGGGCUGUUAGUAAGAGUUAACAAAUUGAGGUUGGUAAGGGUUGUCCGUUUGACAGUGAAGAUGAUGAUUAUAGUCCAUCAGAGACUGACAGUGAAGAAGAUAAUGAUGAUGACUGUAUUCAUGAUGAGUUAAGUGAUGAUGGCAACUUAGAGUAUGUGGAUGAUAGUUAUGAACCAUUUGAGGAUCCAUUGUGGGGUAAUCACGUAGUUGAAAAUGAUAAUGAAAGUAAAUACCCCUAAAGGCUUUUUCAAAAUGGUGAGAUGUAUGUGGAUAGGGGUUGGGGCAAUAUUAAUCUUGCACCAUGGCAGAUUUUCACUGAUAAGCACCACGUAAGGGAAGUUGUUAGGGACUAUGCAAUACAGUGUAGUUUUGAAUUCUUAGUGGAGAGGGCAAACAAAAAGGUUUACACUGUAGCUUGUUUGGAUACGGGUUGUGGAUGGAGACUUCAUGCUAGUAGAUUACCAGAUGGCACUACACGGACUAUAAAAAAGAUUGACAAUCCUAAACAUAACUGUAGAGCCCUAAAAACACAUAAUAGCCUUGUCAAUAUAAAAUGGGCAGCUACUAAGCUAAUGGAUGACAUUAGGGCAAACAAUGACAUCUCUGGAAGGACUUUAAAUGAACUAUUGGAGUCUAGGUUUGAGGUGAGUUUGAAGACUAGCAUAUUGUAUAAAAUGAGGACAUUGGCAUUGAAAGAGAUUAACGGAGGACAUGAUGAGAGUUAUGGCUACUUACCUGGUUAUGCAGAGAUGGUGAAGCAAACUAACCAGGGUUCUGUUGCUAUUUGUGCAUGGGAAGCAGAAUACUCCAUUGAAAAGCCUUUGACAUUCACUAGGAUUUUCAUUUCUUUUGAAGCUACAAUUAGUGGAUUAGUCAACGGUUGUAGAGGUUUAAUUGGGGUUGAUGGUGCACAUCUCAAGGGUCAAUAUGGAGGCACACUCCUUUCAGCUAUUGCUCUAGAUGGUAAUAAUCAGCUAUUUCUUAUUGCUUGGGCUAUUGUUUCUAGUGAAGAUCAAGAAACAUGAAAAUUUUUUGUGUGGCACUUGAAGAACAUACUAAAGGACAGUGGUAGAGGUGAUGAUUGGACCAUCAUAUCUGAUAGAUAGAAGGGAAUUAAGAUAGCCUUGAAUGAGCUAUGGCCAACUGCUGGGAGGAGAUAUUGCUGCAAGCAUUUAUCUGCAAACUGGAAGAAAAAAUAUCCAGGGCCGUUAAUGUAUGCACUAUUUUGGAGGGCUGCAAAUGCCACUUCUCUAUUUAAGUUCAAGAAAGCUAUGGAAGCCAUUGACGACGCGAACCCUACGGCAAGGGAGUGGCUUGCAGAUAUUAGAGAUCAAUCAAGAUGGACAAAGUAUGCAUUUGACCCUAAUGUUUGUUGUGACGAGAACAAAACAAACUUUGUUGAGAGCUUUAAUGCAACUCUUGGAGUUGAUAGGUGCAAACCUGUUUUAACACUAUUUGAGGGUAAUCUAUGCUUUAAACUUUUUGUUAUAAAUCAUAAAUUUCUUGCUUUAGAACUUGAAAUCCAUGAAGUUGAAUAAGGUGCAUUUGUAUGAUAGGUAUAAGGAGGGUAACUAUAGUAAGGAUGACCACAAGAAAGGAAAAGAGUAAAAACUGAAUAGACACUGAUUUCUAUCCUAAUAUAAUGAAGAGAGUGAAGUCCCUAAUUUCAGACUCAAAAUAACAUGUAAGGCUUUCAAUUCUAGUGAUGGGUUUCAUGAGAUUAAAGAUGGUAAGUCCACCUUGUGUGUGAGCUUAAAUGACAGAACAUGCAUGUGCAACACAUGGCAACUCAUUGGGAUCCCUUGCAAGCAUGAUGUGAGGGUCAUUCUACAUUCAAGCCAAGAUCCUAUAAGGUUUUGCAGUGAUUGGUACAGUUGCAAAAUGUACAAGCAAGCAUAUGCAAGCACUAUUAGAUCUAUUCCAGACCCUGAGCAUUGGCCAAAGAUGCAGUUCCCACUAAUUAAGCCACCAAUGAUGAAGAGAGCAAUUGGAAGACCUACAAAGAAUAGAAAGAGAGAAGCAGACGAAGAACGAAAGGGGAAAAGGUCUAAGACUGUGAAGUGUAGUAGACGCAAGGAGUUUGGACACAAUGUGAAGACUUGCAAGGGUGGAUUGACUGCUAAGCAAAAGAAGGGUAAAAAGACGAUUUCUACGUCGUCAUCUUCAAAAGCAUCCUAAAUAUAAUUAUGUAAAUACGUCUUAGUGCUAGAUAUGUAUUAGUGUUUGGAAGACACCUUUUGAACUAGUGCUUGGAAGACUCAUAUGUACUAGUACUUGAAGUAAAUAUGUUUAGUGCUAAUUAAGUAAAUAUGUAUUAGUGCUUGGAAGGCACCUUUUGAACUAGUGCUUUGCAACUUUGAACUUUGAUAAUAUUAUGUAUUAGUGCUAAUUAAGUAAAUAUGUAUUAGUGCUUGACUACUUAUCUUUUGAACUUGAUAAUGCCAACAAUUUGAAUGAAAACAAAAUUAUUACAACAUUUAUGGGCGUUAAUGAAUUAAGCGGUGAAUUAGACAUUAAAUUGGUGAAUUUAAAGUUAAAAUUGUGAAUUACACAAAAAUUGAAUGCUACCUUGUGGAAAAAACUUACAAAAUGAUGAAUUAAACGGAAUUUAACAAGAACUUAACGGAAAAUGCUACGACAAUUAGUUUGUGCAGAAACUGGAUGCUACCAUGUAGAAUUUUCUUUAAAAAGUGCUACCACUGGCAUUUUAUGAAAACUAGAUGCUACCAUGUGUUGAUGUUAUUAAAGUUUACAUAGAAGAGAACAAAAGAAAAUUUCAGUUAAUUAUAAAUAAAAUAUAAAAUACUUUUCUUUGAUUAAUUUAAUGUGCCCCAUUAGACUUUUUACUAUUUUUUAGGUGGUCAAAUAUGGCCACACGUGAAAGAAAAAAGUAUAUCGUUUUGAAAUUUUAAUAGAGGUAAAGUGGAGUUAAUAGGUGUAAAAGUGUGAAAAAGUUAAGUUUAGUAGGGUAAAUUGGUAAAGUUCACAUACCUAAAAUAGAAAUAAAAUAGUUAAAAUAACUUGACUAAAUAAAGAAAUGAGAUACUUAGUGUGAAUAGGAGAGAGUAAAAAAUAAAAAUAAUCAAUAAAUAAUAUAAAAUUUCAAAUAAGAUAAAUAAUACUCCUUAGGUUCUCUGUUGUUCCCGUUUUGAAUAUUCCACUCCGAAGAAAGAGGAAUUUGAUUGAGGUUUUUGUGACAUAAAUGAAGAUAAAAUAUACUCCCUUCAAUUCAAUUUAGUUGACCCAUUUGGUUUGGGCAAAAAUAUUAAAAAGAUGAAGGGACCACCUAAAAUAGUAGACUUAUGUGUAAUAUUGAGUGUUUUUCAUAUUAAGAAUUAGAGGUGAUCACCUAAAAUAGUAAACUCAUGUGUAAUAUUGGAUGUUUUUAAUAUUAAGAAAAUGAAAGGACUACUUAUAAAUGUAGGUCUUAAAAUAGAAAUGAGAAAAUAGAAGUAAAUUGCCCAAAUAAGAAAAUGAGGCAAUUAAAAAGAAUUGGAGGGAGUAUCAUAUACUUCCUCCUUUUUUAUUUACUUGCACCAUUUGCUUUUUCACACUUCCCAAUGUACGUAUUUAAUCGUUAAUAUCUGUAAUUAUACUCUUCGAAAAAUUAUUAAAACUAAAAAUUAAUAAACUUUGAAUUAAGACGAAUCAAACAAGAUCUCAUAUGACUAUGUUUUUACUCAUAUAUUAUCGACAAUAUAAAAAUCAAUUUGCUCAAUAAAUGCUCCCUCCUAUUCACCUGCGGAGUCCCGUUUGACUUUUCACGAAUUUUAAGGAGAGUCAAAAGUGGGACCCUAAGGGUAGGAAAGAGAGUGGUAUUAUGAGUUUUUUAAUGUAAGGGAGGAAAGUUAGUAUGGGUGAAAAACAGUAAGAAUGCAAGGAAUCAAGAUAAUCUUGAUUCUGAUACAGAAGGCUUUAGAAGCUUUUAGAAGCUAGAAGAGGAAAC